AUGCAGGUCGGCCGCAGCCCCGGAUUCUUCUCUCCAGCACUGGCACCUCACCCAUUCAAUACUAUCAGCAUCCUCCUCCUCUCCUUUUCCCUCCUCUUUCGCCCCAUCACCCUCCAGCUCCUCAUUCUCCCUCCCCUCUCCUCCGCUCUGCUUCCCCUAUCAGGAGCCGCCCGGUCAGAAGACACGGACACACCCGCAAAGGCCACCACCGUUAUCACCACUCCCCGCAGCCUCAGCAGCGCGCGGAUGAAGCCCCGGCAAGGCGCGGUGCACGUGGUGGGCGGAACGGACGACGACGAGGACGCGGAGAUUCCGCGCGCGCGCGCGGAGAAGUGGUCGCUGGCGGACGUGGCGGAGGCCACGGCGCAGUUCGCGCGGGAGAGCGUGAUCGAAUCGGCGGGGCAGAGCGUGGUGCUGCGCGGGAGCGCGCGCGACGGGCGGGACGUGGCAAUCAAGCGCUGCAAGCAGCCGCAGCCUGAGACCCAGGCGCUGUUUCUCAGAGAGGUGCGUUGCUGGUGGGGGCAGGUCGUUGUGGGGGCGGGUGGUUGUGGGGGCGGGUGGUUGUGGGGGCAGGUGGUUGUGGGGGCGGGUGGUUUCGGGGGUGGGUGGUCCUUCUAUCAGCUGCCUCUGCUUUCCUUCCUAUCUCCCCUCCCCCCCCCACCUUCCCUCCCCCUCCUUCCAACUGGCCCCAUUCCCUCGCUCCCCCGUUCCUCUCCCCCGAAUGCCAGCGAGCAGAUCCUCAUAUUCGAGCACAUGAAGCACGGCUCGCUCGCUUCCUGGCUGCGCCCGCCUGCAGAGGACGCAGGGUCUCGACCGCCACUCACGUUUGAGCAACGCGCGAGGAUCGCCGCUGACGUGGCACGCGCUGUGGAGUUCCUUCACUCGCAGCCCAAACCAGUCGUGCACCGUGACAUCAAAACCGAGACCAUCCUGCUGGACGACAAUUUCAAUGCGAAGCUGGGAGGGCUGGGAACGCGCAAGCACCUGCCGGGGGAGUCGAGCCGCGUGCGUGUGCAGCGGAGGAAGGGGUACCUGGACCCUGAAUACUGCCAAACCUUCGUCGUCACUGCCAAGGCCGAGAUCUUUGCGGUUGGAGUUGUCCUCCUCGAGCUUAUAACGGGUCGACCACCAGUGGUGGAAGAAGAGGUGGUGGCCAAGGCUGGUCGAAACACCGUAAAGAUUGUUACGCUUGCCCAAUGGGCUAUACCCAAGAUCAAGGAUGAGAAUUUCGGGCUGAUAGUGGAUGAGCGGAUGGAAGAGUACCCUGCUGACAAGCUGGAGAUCCUGACAAAGAUUGCUUCAGAGUGUCUUAACCCUCUCCGAAGAAAUCGGCCUGAUAUUGGACCGGUGGUCGCCUGGUUGAGUGAUUUGUGCAGCUCUGAUGCUGCUGUUCUCGAGAAGCUUAACUCGGUGUUUAAAUA